AUGGGAACAUUUAAAGCACAUGAUGGCGAAUAUUUUUUAGAACCCAUCAUGAAGGCAGAUGGGAGUGAACAUGAAGAUGACCACAGCAAGCCACAUCUGAUAUACAGGCAGGAAUUAAAAGGACACUCUUUUCUACAGUCUCACAGGCCUUGGGAAGUUUCAGAAAAUCAAGUAAAGAAAACGGCUUUACCCUUUCAUAACUACAGCAACAUGAAUGAAGAUUUUAAUGUAAACAAGGAAAUAGUUUUCAGAUACCCUUCAAAAAAUAUGUCAUUGGAAGAUGAAAGAAGUCAAUUACAUUCCAGGAAUAAACGUUUUUUAUCAUACCCAAGAUAUGUGGAAGUUAUGGUUACAGCGGAUGCCAAAAUGGUCCACCAUCAUGGCCAAAAUCUGCAGCACUAUGUCCUAACACUAAUGUCAAUUGUUGCAGCAAUCUACAAGGACUCAAGUAUUGGAAAUCUUAUAAACAUAGUUAUUGUAAAAUUAAUUAUAAUUCAUAAUGAACAGGAAGGACCAGUCAUCAGUUUUAAUGCAGCUACCACAUUACGCAACUUCUGUCUAUGGCAACAAACCCAGAACGUGCUUGAUGACGUACAUCCUGCCCACCAUGAUACUGCCGUUCUCAUCACCAGGGAAGACAUUUGUGGAGCUAGAGAGAAAUGUGAUACAUUAGGCUUAGCAGAAUUAGGCACAAUGUGUGAUCCUUUGCGGAGCUGCUCGAUUAGUGAAGAAAACGGACUCAGUGCUGCUUUUACUAUAGCCCAUGAGCUUGGGCAUGUAUUUAAUGUUCCACAUGAUGAUAGCUUUAAAUGCAAAGAAGCUGGAAUUAAACAUCAGUACCAUGUAAUGGCCCCAACUUUGAAUUACCACACAAGUCCUUGGACCUGGUCAAAAUGUAGUCAGAAAUAUAUCACUGAAUUCCUAGACACAGGUCAUGGAGAAUGUCUUCUUGACAAACCAAAUGGAAGAAUAUACGAUCUGUCUGCACAGCUUCCUGGCUUAAUGUAUGAUGUAAAUAAACAGUGUGAACUUAUGUUUGGUCCUGGAUCACAAGUGUGUCCCUAUUUGAAGCAAUGCCGGCGCCUGUGGUGCACAAGUGCAGAAGGUGUUCACAAGGGCUGCCGCACUCAGCACAUGCCACUGGCAGAUGGAACGAACUGUGGUCCUGGGAUGGUAGGUUUUCUCGAAGGGCAUUGCCACCAUGGGCUGUGUGUAAACAAAGAAAUGGAGACACGUCCUGUAGAUGGUGAAUGGGGACCAUGGGGACCUUACAGUUCUUGUUCAAGAACAUGUGGAGGUGGAAUCAAAAGCACAACCAGGCUCUGUAAUCGUCCCGAGCCAAGAAACGGAGGAAAGUACUGUGUGGGCCGCAGGAUGAAAUUUCGAUCAUGUAAUACUGAUUCAUGUCCAAAAGGCAAGCAAGACUUUCGAGAGAAGCAGUGCUCUGAUUUUGAUGGUAAACAUUUCAACAUCAAUGGUCUCUCCCCUAAUGUGAGGUGGCUUCCAAAGUACAGUGGAAUUGCCAUAAAAGAUCGCUGUAAACUCUAUUGUCGGGUGGCUGGAACCACUAACUUCUAUCAGUUGAAGGAUAGGGUUGCUGAUGGUACGCCCUGUGGGACUGAAACAAAUGACGUCUGUGUUCAAGGCCUCUGUCGGCAAGCUGGCUGUGAUCAUGUGUUAAACUCCAAGGCCAAGAGAGACAAAUGUGGAGUAUGCAGGGGAGAUAACUCUUCAUGCAGGACAAUGACGGGUGUCUUCAACAGUGCCCACUAUGGCUAUAAUGUUGUUGUAAAGAUUCCCACCGGAGCAACAAACAUCGAAAUUCUUCAGCACAGCUAUUCUGGAAAACCAGAAGAUGACAAUUACCUGGCAUUAUCUGACACUCAGGGGAAUUUUCUUUUGAAUGGAAAUUUUGUUGUAAGUAUGUCAAAAAAAGAAAUCAACAUACAAGGAGCUAUUUUUGAGUACAGUGGAUCAAACAACUCAAUUGAAAGAAUUAACAGUACCGAUCGACUGGAAGAAGAGCUUGUUUUGCAGGUGUUAUGUGUUGGUAAUUUAUACAACCCUGACGUACGCUAUUCCUUCAACAUCCCUGUGGAGGAAAGGAGUGACCUGUUUGCAUGGGAUCCAUAUGGACCAUGGCAAGACUGUACCAAAAUGUGUCAAGGUCUUCACAGAAGAAAAAUUGUCUGCAUAAGUAAGAAUGAUCAUAUGGUUGUGUCUGAUCAAAGUUGUGACCACUUGCCGCUCCCAUUGUUUGUGACUGAAAGAUGCAAUACAGACUGUGAACUAAGGUGGCACAUCAUUGGGAAAAGUGAAUGUUCGUCCAACUGUGGUCAAGGAUAUAGGUCCUUGGAUGUCCACUGCAUGAAGUAUUCCAUUCGUAAAGGACAGACUGUUCCUGUAGAUGACCUCUACUGCAGUGACCAAGUUAAACCUCCCACCCGAGAGCCAUGCCAUGGUGACUGUGUCUUACUCAGGUGGCAUUACUCAGAGUGGUCCCAGUGUUCCAGAAGUUGUGGAGGAGGGGAAAGAACUCGAGACUCUUAUUGUAUAAAUAACUUUGGCCAUCGUCUUGCUGAAAAAGAAUGUCAAGAACUUCCUCGAGUGAUGCUAGAGAACUGUAAUGAAUUUUCUUGUCCCAGUUGGGCUACUAGUGAGUGGAGUGAGUGUCUUGUUACAUGUGGAAAAGGAACAAAACAGCGGCAGGUUUGGUGUCAGCUGAAUGAAGAUCACUUGAGUGAUGGCUUUUGUAAUCCAAGCACCAAGCCUGAAUCUCUCGGACCAUGUGAGCUUCACACGUGUGCUUCCUGGCAAGUGGGACCAUGGGGUUCUUGCACAGCCACCUGUGGACAUGGGUAUCAGGUGCGUGCUGUUAAAUGUGUUAGUGAGCUACUGAGUACAGUGUUAGAUGACAGAGCAUGCCAUGAAGCCAGGCGCCCCAGUGACAGGCAGGACUGUGUACUUACACCUUGCCCAAUUAUCCCUAAAGUCGGAGCUACUUCCUUACCAGCUGUUCCCCUGGGAAAGGUGGCACAGUGGCGACAUGGCUCUUGGACCCCAUGCUCAGUGUCUUGUGGAAGAGGCAGUCAAGCCCGCUAUGUGAGCUGUCGCAACGCCCACGAUGGAGUGGCAGAUGAAUCAUUUUGUGCCCACCUGCCCCGACCUGCUGAAAUUGCCAUGUGCUUUAGCCCUUGUGGAGAGUGGCAGGCAGGAAAUUGGUCACCUUGUUCAGCUUCCUGUGGCCAUGGAAAAACAACCCGACAAGUUUUAUGCAUCAACUACCACCAGCCAGUUGAUGAGAGUUACUGUGACCCUGAAGUUCGCCCUUCAAUAGAACAAGAAUGUAACCUGGCAGCCUGCCCACCCACGUACAGCCGCUUUCCUAGCUCCUCUGAGCAGCCAAGCCAUUUUCCAGGCAGGAAUUUUCCAUUAGCUCACAACCCAAAGGAGAAUGAAAAUCAGGGGGUCCUUCCAUCAAUCAGAGGAAGCCAGUGGAGAACAGGACCAUGGGGUUCAUGCUCAAGCAGCUGUGCUGGAGGUCUUCAGCACAGGGUUGUGGUCUGCCAGGAUGAAAAUGGACAAAGUGCCAGUUACUGUGCUGCAGCCUCUAAGCCCCCAGAGUCACAGCACUGUGACUCUGGACCUUGUCCACGCUGGAACUAUGGAAGCUGGGGAGAGUGUACACAAACGUGUGGAGGAGGAAUAAAAUCAAGAUUUGUGAUAUGUCAAUUUCCCAAUGGCCAAAUGUCCGAAGAGCACAACUGUGAAGUCCUCAAGAAGCCGCCUAGUGUGGCACAAUGCCAUGUGCACGCUUGCCCUGGUGAUGUAGCAUGGCAUCGGGGACCAUGGAAGUCGUGCUCAGCUUCUUGUGGUAAAGGUAUAAAGCACCGUGAGGUGCUUUGCAUUGACCAGGUGCAAGGGAAAGUACAAGAAAAAUACUGCAGUCAUCUACAGAAACCUCGAACUCACAAAACCUGCAGAUCACCAAGAUGCCCUUCAUGGAAAGCCAAUAGAUGGAAGGAGUGCUCUGUGACCUGUGGCUCUGGAGUUCAGCAAAGAGAUGUGUACUGCAGACUGAGAGGUGUUGGUCGGGUGGCUGAAGAAAUGUGUGAUCAGUCUACACGGCCUUAUUUUCAGAGGCAAUGCUGGCGUGAGGACUGUGUGAAGUACCAGUGGAUGGCAGGAGAGUGGCUAGAUUGUUCAACAUCAUGUAAGAAAAAAGACACGUAUCGGCUUGUGAAGUGCAUCGAUGCAGAAAACAUGCAAGUGAAUGACAGUUUCUGUGAUCAUUUACCCAGACCUCUUUCAAUCAAAAGGUGCAGGAACCCUCUCUGCAAGUAUGUGGUGGUAACAGGAGACUCAUCACAGUGUGCAGGUAACUGUGGACUUAGUUACCCACAAAGGAUUACAUACUGUAUUGGGAUCCAGUCUACUAAGAAACAUAAGCUCCAUCAGUUUUGGCCUAUAGAAUAUCGACAAUGCCCUGUGCUGCCUUCUCCUCAGACUUACAAAUGCAGUACUAGAAGCUGUUUGCAAGUGGCCACUUGGAAAGUUGGGAAAUGGAGCCAGUGCUCAGUGACUUGUGGAACUGGGAUAAUGGAGAGAAGAGUAGAAUGCAUGCUUGAAAAUGGUUGGCCCAGUGACCUGUGUUUAAAGCAUUUAAAACCAGAUGCUCAAAAGAAAUGCUAUGGCAAUGACUGUAAAUCAUUUACCACCUGCAAAGAAAUCCAAGUUAAAAACAACAUUACCAAGGAUGGUGACUAUUACCUUAACAUUAAGGGAAGAAUAAUAAAGAUUCAUUGUGCAGGCAUGCACUUGGAGAACCCCAAGGAAUACUUAUCAUUGGUCAAAGGUGAAGACAACUUUUCUGAAGUGUAUGGCCUUAGACUACAAAAUCCAUAUGAAUGCCCUUUUAAUGGAAGCAGGAAGCAAGACUGUAAGUGUAAAAAUGACUACCUAGCUGCUGGAUACACUGCUUUCCACAAAAUAAGAAUUGAUGUCACCUCCAUGCAAAUUAAAACAAUGGACCUUCUUUAUUCUCAGACAAUAUUUGGAAAAGCAGUUCCAUUUGCCACAGCUGGAGAUUGCUAUAGUGCUGCUAGAUGUCCACAGGGACAGUUCAGCAUUAACUUGGCAGGAACUGGGACAAAGAUAUCCAGCACUGCAAAGUGGCUUGCUCAGGGGAGGUAUACCUCUGUCAUCAUACACAGAUCCCAGGAUGGAACCAAAGUCUAUGGCAGAUGUGGAGGUUUCUGUGGGAAGUGUGUUCCUCAUGUGACUACUGGUCUUCCGGUUCAAGUAACUUGAACAUUCAGAAGUGGGAAGUACCUCCAACAGGGGAGGGACGCAAUGGAACAUGCAAAUAACCGGUGCUUAUUUCUUUACUUCUCCUUCCUGAGAUUUCC